AUACAUGGCAUUGCAAAGUAGAGUAGCACUUUUAUAAACAGGCGGAGUGAAUGAAAUUAAACCAUAAUUUUAUUCAAAAAUGACCGAUGCCGUGGCAAAAUUAUUGAUUAUGUCUUCCUGUAUAAAAUGUAAAAAUAACCGCGUUAGGCUAUGUAUGACAACAAAUCAAUCGCCAAGCGUGUUGGCAAUACUUAGAAACUGCAAUACAGCAUUAAUUUCUGAUGAAUUGACAAAUUUUAGUCAAUUGUCUCAAAUCCCGGACUAGCUGUACUUGUUAUGACAAAGUUACGUUAUGUUACGACUAAAAGCUUGCUGGAGAAGGUCUAAGGUGGUAAAUGGCGACGCUCGAAGGAAUGAAUGUACAAGAAUGCACAGACGUUUUAUUAAAUUCUUCAUCUUCGGCAUUGUGUCCACAAUUAGCUUCGUAAUAUAUAACAAUAUGCUGGAAAAGUCUACCACAGAUCUGAUUUUACCAAAAACUAAAGAAUGGAGUGACGCCUGGCCAAGAGUGAAUUUAAUUAAUUGCAGUCACAGAGAAUACAUGAACACGGGCUUAAAUUCACCCGAGGUGAUAACAAAUUUACCUUAUCCUAGAACUGGACUGGUCAGUGCGCCAGGAAGUGGAAAUACAUGGACAAGAUUUCUUAUUGAACAAGCAACGGGAUUAUGGACAGGAAGUGUGUUCAACGAUAGAGGGCUUUACAGAGGAGGUCUUAAGGGGGAAAUUGAAGAAUGUGACAAAAACACCACAGUGGUAAUCAAAGCUCACUGCAUAAAACAAGACAUGAGAAAAAAUUGCUCUUUUGAAAGAAUAAUACUUGUUGUCAGAGAUUUUCGCAGGGCUUUAGUGUCUGAAUUCAAUCGUCGAUCAACAAAUUCGCACACAAAAUCUGUAAACGACAGCUCAUUCAAAUCGGAUAAAUGGGCGAAUUAUGCGAAAUCGUCUAUGCCUUUAAUAUUGGCAAAUAUAAAUCUGGGUUGGAUAAGAAAUUUUAUCGGCAAUAAGAACAGGCUAAAAUCGAAUAAAAAUCCUUUUACCUCUCCUUCAAAUUUUUGGGACAAACUGUUACUUGUAUCAUAUGAAAGAAUGAAACGUGACCCAAUAAAGGAGCUUAAAAGAAUUGUCAAGUUUCUUGGACUCCCAGUAUUCAGAAAACAAUGUUUAGAGGAAAAUUCAAAUGGAGAAUUUCGUCGCAAGACUGCAAAAUCUCCAAGAAGUAUAGCCUGCUUAUAUAGCCAACCAAAAGCAAAAAGGAAAAUGAACAAAUCAAUUCGAUCUUUUUUAUAUAAAUCUAUAAAACUGGGUUCCGGGAAUAUAAUUGCUGAAUUUGAACGAAUUAAUAUGUUUAAUACAAAGAAUGAAUGCUAAAUUAGAAAAUCUCAUUCUCAUUGUGACUUAAUUUGCUGAGUGAUGAGAUUAUCAGAUGUAAAGUUAAAGAUUCGUGACGAAAUAACUGGGUGAUAUUGAAGGUCGAAGAUACAUGGCAUUCUAAACGGUACUUGAAUAAAAGUUUAAUUUUUUAUAAAGAUUUAGGUCUAAAAUUACCUUGUAUGUGAUUCAUACCGAAUAUAUAUUUUUUUUCAAAUAAAUAAAAUAUACUUUAGUGAGCAUAGAUCUGAGCUAUUGUGGUCAUAACCAGAUUAUUUUUUAUUAUAAAAAGUCUUUUCUUAUUGUGCUUAUAUUUUUUGAAGA